CUCAAUGACUACAUCCCACCAACCACUGUCGAUGAAACUUAGGCAAAAAGAAAAAAAAACGUUUAAGUGGCUCCAAUGGUCAAAUUGAGUCAGAACCACACUUCACAAUCACACAAAGAGACCAUUCUUUAAAAAGAUGAUAUGCGCAAGACUCCGACCGCUAGUAUCCUCACCUUUAGCUUUCACUAUCUCCACAACCAAACACUCCUCCUCAAUCAAUCUCCGAUUACUCCCUCGCCGCUCCUUCUCCGCCGUAACCGCCAUGUCUUCUUCAACCCCACCACAGAGUCAGAUCAUAGAACACAUCGUCCUUUUCAAAGCUAAAGACGACGCUGACUCCAACAAAAUCGCCUCCAUGAUUAACAACCUCAACGCUCUUGCCUCUCUCGAUCAGGUGCUUCACAUCACCGCCGCUCCUCUCCACCGCCUCGGAUCCUCCGCCUUCACCUUCACUCACGUCCUCCAUAGCCGUUACGGAUCUAAAGAGGAUCUCAGCUCCUACGGUGCGCAUCCUGAGCAUGUUCGUGUUGUUAAGGAAUCUGUGUUACCGGUCUGUGAUGACAUCAUGGCCGUUGAUUGGAUCGCGGAUCGAAUCCCCGGUACCGUAGCACCGCCUCCUGGUUCGGUUGCUAAAGUCACGUUUCUCAAAUUGAAAGAGAAUGCAUCCGAUGAGGCGAAAUCGGAGAUUACGGGAGUGAUUAAGGGACUCAGUGAGAAAUUUCCUGGGAUUGAUCAGAUCACUGUGGGUGAAAACUUUUCUCCGGCUAGAGCUAAAGGUUUCUCAAUUGCUUCGAUUGCGUAUUUUAAGGAUUUGAGUGAAAUGGAAGCUGUGGAUGCUCAGAAAGAGUUGGUGAACUCGCAAAAGGAUAAGGUUCGGGACUAUGUGGAUUCUACCAUUGUUGUUGAGUUCGUUGUGCCGUCUUCUUCACAGACUUCUUCUAGUCUGUAGAAAAAGGCUUUAAAUUUCAAUCCUUGGAAAUACUUGGGGAUAUAUUUUGUCCAUUGUCUCUGCAAUUUGACUAUUUGAGAAUAAAAAAGCUUGUUUUUAGGAGA